AUGGAUCCAAACUACAAAGCCCGAAAAGAGGCCUUUGUGUCGGACCUCUCCGGGGGAAGUAUACUGGAAAUUAACGCAGUCACUUUGGUUGCGCCGGUCGCAGUUCUUCUGUGGUCUGUCCUUCAGUCCCGCUUGUCGUUCUUCACGCCGUACAGUGUCGCCGCACUUGUCGUCGACUUCCUAUUGAACGUAACGGCCAUCUUAUUUGCGACAACAUUAUAUUCUUCGGCUCCCUUGCUCCUAAACCUCCUCAUCGCGUCUCCUGCCUUCCUCCUUCUCCUCAAUACCCCUCGCCCGCGCACCCAACAAAAAGCCAAACCUCCGCAAAAAGAAGCAUCGAACAAAUCGCAAAAUGCCGCAAAUCAGCCCGAGUCCCUCCCAAUUCACCCAUUUCUCACGAUCUACCGCGCCGCCAUGAUGAUCAUCACUUGCGUUGCUAUACUGGCGGUUGAUUUUCGCGUCUUCCCCCGCCGCUUUGCCAAGGCUGAGAACUGGGGAACAUCGUUGAUGGAUCUGGGCGUGGGUUCGUUUGUGUUCUCCGGAGGAGUGGUAUCUGCGCGUUCGCUUCUCAAGAGCAGGAGCAACCAGGCUAAGAGAACACCUUUGGUGCAGAGGUUUAUGGCCUCGACCCGCCACUCCAUUCCGCUGCUGGUUCUGGGUUUAAUACGGUUGUACAGUGUCAAGGGCCUCGACUACGCCGAGCAUGUGACGGAAUACGGCGUGCAUUGGAACUUCUUCUUCACCAUCGGGCUUCUGGCUCCGUUCGUGGAGAUAUUCGAUGCCUUGGCUGCCUUCAUUCCGUCAUACGAGGUCCUUGCCCUAGGCAUUGCCGUUCUAUACCAGGUUGCUUUGGAAUCGACGGAUCUGAAAUGGUAUAUCAUGAUUUCGGACCGUGGGCCGGACCUACUAUCCAAGAACCGGGAAGGUGUCUUUUCCUUCCUGGGCUACUUGGCUAUUUUCUUGGCUGGUCGGGCAAUUGGCGCCCGUAUCAUGUCCCGGGACCCAAAAAAGAUACCACAAGCGAGAAAGAGUGCACUCACUAGUCUUGGAGUUCAGGCGUCGGCGUGGACGGUCCUCUUUGCUCUGAAUUCUACCUACGCGGGAGGCUACGGGGCCAAUAUUCCGGUCUCGCGCCGCCUCGCCAAUAUGCCAUACGUUCUCUGGGUCUGCGCGUUUAAUAAUGCGCAGCUCUUCCUCUUCUGCCUGAUUGAGACCGUGUUCUUCCCGGUCCCUCGGACUCCUUCCAAGGAGGGCGAAGCGGAACACACUUCAUUUGCGACCAGCCAGAUCAUGACGGCGUUCAACAAGAACGGCCUUGCGAUCUUCCUUCUUGCGAAUCUCCUUACUGGAGCAGUAAACCUGAGCAUUCCUACGCUCGACGUCAGUACGGUUCAAGCCAUGAUGGUCUUGGUGGGAUAUGCGGCUGUCCUGACGGGAGUUGCGGUGGGAUUGGACAAAGCCAACAUCAAGUUGACGAUUUGA